AUGAAGCAUAUCCUUGAUGGGCAUGGAAAACUUGCUUAUGCAUUGGUUAGGCCGCCUGGUCACCAUGCUCAACCUAAACAAGCAGAUGGGUAUUGCUUCCUUAACAAUGCUGGUCUUGCUGUUCAAUUGGCCUUAGAUUCAGGGUGUAAAAAGGUUGUAGUUAUUGACACUGAUGUUCAUUAUGGCAAUGGAACAGCAGAGGGAUUCUAUGGGACAGAUCAAGUACUUACGAUAUCCCUUCAUAUGAAUCAUGGUUCAUGGGGUCCAUCUCACCCACGGAAUGGAUCCAUUGAUGAGAAAGGUGAAGGAGAGGGUUUUGGCUACAAUUUGAACAUACCUCUUCCUAAUGGGACAGGCGAUAGGGGAUAUGGGUGUGCCAUUAACAUGUUAGUUGUCCCAGCAAUUAACAAAUUUGAACCUGAUAUGAUAGUUUUUGUUGUCGGCCAAGAUUCAAGUGCUUUUGAUCCAAAUGGAAGGCAAUGCUUGACAAUGGAUGGCUAUAGAGAGAUUGGACGGAUACUUCGUAAUCUGGCAAAUAAACACAGUGGUGGGCGCCUUCUUAUCGUCCAAGAAGGAGGAUACCACAUCACAUACUCAGCUUACUGUCUUCAUGCAACACUUGAAGGUGUGCUCGACCUUCCACAGCCUCUGUUAUGUGAUCCCAUUUCAUAUUACCCAGAGGAUGAGACUAUUGCUAUGAAAGCUGUUGGAGUCAUCCGAAGGUACCAUAUAGACAUGGUUCCAUUUUUAAAAGGAACAUGA